GAACAUUAAUUGCUAAAAAGUGCAAUCGGAUACAAUUUACACUUGCCUUUCAUUGGUCAAUUUCAAUCCAUACGCCAUUUUACCGCCAUUUCCCUGUGAUCGGUAUGUCAGAAGGCGAAAAUCAGACGCUUUCAGGAAAGGAAGAGAUGGAGGUGACUGAGAACGGCGAAGAAAUGAAAAAACAAGAACAAGAAAAAAAUGCAGAUGACCUAAAUGAUGAUUCUGUAAAAGAGGAAGAAGAGGAGGAUGAAGAUGAUGAACCUUUGCCGUUGGGUUUGCUGGAGAGACCAGUGGUGCUAACAUCAGGCAAGAGGGAGAAGAAGAAGGUGGAGAGGCUGUCCAUGUCCAUCAACAUGCCCAGCAGCGAAAAGAAGAAAGUUGAGAUUCAGGAGGGUGCAGGAACCAAACUUGGUGAUUGCCCACGAAUUGAGUUUAAGCUGGGGCAGACAAAAGCUAUGGACCUGAAAUCUCUUCAUCGAUUGUUAUUUAACAGAGCUGGUUCAAACACAGAGGUUAAGAAAAACAUCAGACAAUUCAGUGGCUUUGUGUUUAGCAAGGAAGAUAAAGAAUAUGAGAAACGUGUGACAGCAUUAAACAAGAUGACCAUCCCCCAGUUAAAACAGAUUUGUGAGGUGCUGGAUAUUGAACGCAGUGGUGCCAAACCUGUUGUUGUAGACAGAAUCAUGGACUUCCUUAUGAAGCCAUCAAGUUCAGGGAUGAAAGUUCCACAGAAGAAAAAGAGGAAAUCCAAAAGUUCUGGGGAAGGUGACCGAAAAAGCACAAAGAGAAAAAGAUCCCCUAAGAAGGAUUCAAAAUCAAAAGCUAAAAAGGAUACUGUGUCAGACAUUUCUGACUCAGAUGAAGAAGAGGAGGAAAAUGAAGAUGAAGAAGAGGAGGAAAAAGAAAAGGAAUUAUCAGAAGAGGAAGAAGAAAGUGACAAAGAACCACCAAAGAAAAAACCAAAAACUGUGAAGAAACCGGUGAAAAAAGAAAAUGCCAAGGCUAAAAAGCAAAAUGGCAAACAGGAAAAGCCAAUCAAGAAAGAAAAGAAAGAAACCAGAAAGAAAUCUGGCUCUGAGGAUGAUUCAGAUGAUGAACCCCUUGCCUCCAAAAAGGAUGAACCUCCAAGUAAUGAUGAGCUGAAAGAAGUAAUCAAGAAAAUAUUAGACGGUGCUAACCUUGAAGAGGUCACAAUGAAAACAGUUGUCAAGCAGGUAUAUGACAAAUAUCCAUCAUUUGAUUUGACAGACAGAAAAGAUUUCAUUAAAGCUACAGUCAAACAGAUCAUAUCCUGAGGAUAAAUGGGCAAGAUGUGUGUGUGCAGUGUGUGGAACAAAGGGCAGCAAGUUAACCUGUGGUUCAGUUUACGACAAGAAAAUGGUAUUGGGAGUGCAUAUGUUUGUCUGAUUGGUAGUCUGGUUGUCAGUCUGUCCCCUUUUCCAGCAGGAGGGCAGUUUGCUGUUUACUGUUAGAUACUUUUUUUUAAAGCAAGUCAGUGGUGGCAUCAGAUUAACCAGUGCAAGAAAAAGAUGUGGCAAACAGGAGUCUCUUCCAAUCUAGGAUCGAGUUCCUCCAUGAACAGAAUUAUGUAAAAAUGUUUUUGGACCAAAUUUUAGAUGAAUAUGUGAAAGCUGUGUGCGUGUGUAUUCAAGUAGGCAGGACACUACUGAAAGCUACUAAAGUUCAGGAGUAUACUGAAAAAGCUAGCAAAGGAAGGAUUAAACUCAUUUGGAAGACCAUAUUCUUUGGCUCUAGAAGUUGUGAGGGUUAGGGCCUGUAGUUCAGUUCCACUUAUUAUUUUGUCACAGGAAUUUUCUGGUUUAUAUUACAUGAUGUGCAGUACUAAAGACAAAUUGCAGCUAGACACGCAAUCAUGUGAUAGAUUUCAUAUAACAAAAUUGUUAAAUGCCAGUCAUUUCUGAUGCAAUUUUUAGGCUGUUUUGUGGUUUGUUUGUUUGUUUGUUUUGUUUUUUUUUAAUAUUCAUGUUUUUAUAAAUAUAUAUAUCAGAUUUUGCAUAAACAGCUUGUUUUUAAAUGUGGGGUUCACAAUUUCCUUAUUUUUAAAUCCUUAUUCAAACCUCAUUUUGUAUGACUGGCAAUAUUCUUUUCUAUAAAUCAUAUACCAGUGUAAAGUUCAGAGACGUUAAAUUUUGAUGGUGUGACACUGUGCUUUUGUACCUUUGUAACAGUGAAAACAUGUUUUUAUUUCGGAAGGCUGGGUAGGUUGCUUUUUACUGAUUUUUUUUUUAUAAGGAAGAAUCUUGCUGAAGUUAUGUGUGUGUUUACAUUAAAAUAAUAUUUCAAAGUUAUGAAUUAUUUCCUCUUUUUCCAUUGCUGUGUGCCCUCCCAGUGCUCUGAUGAGGCUUGCAUUUCUUUUUACCAAAUGAUGCAUAGUUAGUUUUAGAAUUUUUUUUUUUUUUUUAAUAUAUAUAUUUUAUUUUCUUCAUCUUUCCCACCUCCCUCCCUCCCACAUUAUCCCCUAAGUUUCUUUAACAGAAUGAUGCUCUGAAACACAAGUUUUAAUAUCCCUGCUUGUUAGAAACUGCAUAAAUUGUAUAAUUUUGAAGCAGUCACACACUUUAGAGGUGGGUGUUGCAUUUUGAGUGGCUCGUCUUCAUUAUCAUUUUGGGUAGUACUUUGUGCAUACAGCAAGAAAUUUUGGGAUCAGAUGGGGUAAAUUAUCCCAGUUUAAGACACUAGCAUUUCUGCUGAGGCCUCAGAUCUACCCGUAUUUACUAUUUGGUAUUUAUUGAGGAUACGAUUCUUUAAGGGGUAAACAACCAAAACCAAUGUGGUGCUUAAAGAUUAUCAUGGAAUCCAGAGUGUGUAAGUAAAUGGUGUAGGCUGUCACAAAAGUGCAUUGUUUUUAUUAUUCUUUUACUAUAUUUAAACAUAGGGGGGAAAAUCCUUUUUCUCCCUUUCCCAGCUAAACAUCUCCACCAAAAGGUAUUUUCAUAAUUGCUCUGAGUUCAGCAUAAACUACAUUUGUUUAUUUACAGACACAAGUGUGUUUGUUGCAUUAUUAUUAUUAUUGUGGUAGGUAGGAAAUUUGAAACAGUUUACAUAACCCAGUGUCGGAAAAUCUUUUUGACAUGUAUUAAAAGAGAAAGGCAGUAGCUGUGUCUUCACAUCCACAAGAAGCCUCCUUGAGCUAGGGUUCAAAGCUUUUGAAUGGCAACCUUUAGAAAACAGAAACUGUUUCAGCACCGCCUGACAUCUUUUGCUUGCUUAGUAAACAAGAUUUGUUAAUCUCAGUGGUCAAAUAUUGUACUGUUACUGUAAAAGCUUCCACAAUAUCAGUGCUUUGAAAUACCAGGAAAGUGUUCACCAACUUGUCCCCACCUGACUUCUUAAAAGUCGUAUUGCAUUAUUCAUUUAACUGCUGUCCUGCAGCAAAAUUUUUGCAUGGUGAAUUUCUAGACGUUUGCCUGGAAGAAAAGGGAGUUAGAAAACGGUUGUGCAGACCUUUUUUGUAACUAAUGAAGAAGCAUGACAUACAAAAGUGAAUUGUGGUAUGAAUGGUGUCUCAAAUGUGUGGACAGAGGUUGAUGGUUACCUGUUAUGAUGUACUGUCUUCUUCUGAAGACUUAACCCAUAGGAGGAACACUGUACAAAGCAUUUUUCACCAAGAUGGCCCACUAUAUGCCAAGUCUGACCACAGAGACCAGCCUUGAGUGCAGGCUGAGUCUUAUGUGCACUGGGCAUCCAAAUGGCCUUUUAUUGAAAACAAUUGUUGAUUGACAAAAGCUGCUUAUUUGGAAAAAAGAUUUUUCUGCAUAGCAGUGCCUACAUAACUAAAGCCUGGCCUUGUUUAAAUAGUUUGUCUCAUAGAGUAUCUUUCAGAACUACUUAUGUACAUAAUGUUUAAUUGUAUGAGAUCGGCAUCUUGCAUAAUGUUAAAAGGAGGCCAUCGGAGGAGGUUGCCAAUUGAACAUAGGUCAUUCUUUUAUCUUAGAAACAUAGUUCUUUAAAACUUGCAUGGGGAAUUCUGAAAAUAUAUAUAUACACUAUUUCAUCUUCCAUUGAGUUUGCCAUAAAAUGUACUAUUGGUGAAGAAUAAAAUGAUCAAUUUUGAAA